AUGAAACCGUCGGCUGAAAAAUAUCGAGAACCGGUAAGUUUUUUUUCGGGAAAAAAUAGAUUUGGAAUGAAUUUUCUAGAAAUGUAUCUAUUGAUUUAUAAUCAACAUGAACUUCUUCUUUUGGUAAUAGAUAGAAAAAUGCUGAACAUCAAUUAAUUUUUUAAAUCAAAACAUUUUUGAUUUCAGGAAGUCCGCGUUGGUCGUCAUCGUGCAAAACUUGAUGAAAUCCGUGAAUCUCUAAAAGCAUAUGAACACGAGCAAAAUGCGAAUAACGAAGUUGUUGCAUCUUCAUCGUCUUCUUCAACUUCUUAUUCAACACAAAGAAAACAAACAACAACAACAUCAACAAAUGGAAAUAAUUUAAUGAUGAUUCAUCAAUCGCCAAGCACAUUUCGAUAUGAAAUGCCAUCGCCGAGUUUUGUAAGUUUUUUAUAUGUUCGAUGAAACCACAAUUUAAUGAAUAAGUUUUUCACACAUAAAAAUAACGAUAAGGAAACAUUUUAUCGUAUCAAUUUUAUGUGGGAAACAAGACACGAAUAAAUUGAAUAGAGAAAUAUGAACGUGAACUUUUCCAAGAUAAAUCAGAAAUCAUCAUUCUUUUGCCAAACUUGAAUUUUUUUCUGGAAAAUAUGAAUUAUUAAAAAAAUAUUUAAGUAUACUUUUAAAACUGGUUUUGGAAAGCUAUGACUCAUAAAAAUAUAUUCAAUUUUCAGCAAAGACCUCCUCCGCCAGCUUAUGAUGAAACACCAACACCAAGACUAACACCAGUUGCACCAGAAACUCAUCGAACUCAUCUUCAUCUCAAAGUGUUAGUUGACUUUUUUUUUCAGAAUUCCAAUACAUUAAUUUCAAUUUUUAGACAAGCUCCAAGACAUGUUAAAAAUGCUGCUCCACCUCCACCAAAAUCUACAGUAUCUAUAGAAACAAUUGAGGACGAUCGAAGAAAUGAUAAUUUUCAUAAAAGUAGUUCAGCACAGCGAUUAUAUCAUACUUCAUUGGAUAAAAAAUCGAGUGUUAUAAGUAUUAAUUUAGCACAACAACAACCGCAUACUGUAAGUUUCGUUUUUUUAGAGUACUGUAAAACGAAAAAUCGUAUAUUUCUAGACGAAGGUUCAUCUCGGUGAUCCAAUGCCUACAAAAUCGUUUAUGAUUGGCCCAAGAUAUACAACUGUUAAUUAUAAAGAUGAACUUCGACCAGAUAUUGCAUCGACAUCUUCAGCUGAUGUUUAUAAACCAAAUCUUGAUAUAACAUUUUCUUCAAGAAAUAUUGAAACACCCGGGAAAAGAGCGAGUUCUCCGAUUGAUAGAUCUUUAUUAGAUUCAUAUAUGAAAAAUCGAAGACGAAUUCAACCUUGUAAACCAAAUAUGUUUCGAUUUUAUAUGGAACAACAUGUUGAACGAUUAUUGCAGGUAAAUCUAUUUUCUUGCAAACUAUAAUACAUUAUUAUUUUUAUCAAUCAGUUUUGAUAAUUAUUUUCUUAUCAAAGUUCAUGUGUUUUUUUAGCAAUAUCGAGAACGUGAGAAACGAAUGAGACAAUUAGAAAAAGAAAUGAAUGCAGCUCAAUUACCAGAACAUAUGCGAACUAAAAUGCUCGAAAUUCUACAACAAAAAGAAUCAAGAUAUACUCGUUUACGAAGGCAGAAAAUGUCGAAAAAUCAUUUCACAGUCAUUUCUCAUAUUGGAUUAGGAGCAUUUGGAAAAGUAUCAUUGGUUAGAAAAAAGGAUACCGGAAAAGUAUAUGCAAUGAAAAUAUUAGAAAAAGCUGAUGUUAUUAUGAAACAACAAGCUGCUCAUGUAAAAGCUGAAAGAGAUAUUUUGGCUGAAGCUGAUUCAUUAUGGAUUGUUCGAUUAUAUUUCUCAUUUCAAGAUGAUUCAUGUUUAUAUUUUAUUAUGGAAUAUGUACCUGGUGGAGAUAUGAUGACAUUAUUGAUUAAUAAAGGAAUAUUUGAAGAAUCAUUAGCUCGGUAAGUGAAUAUUUUAUUUUUGUGAGGAAAUCAUGAUAUUUUUUAAAGAUUUUACAUAGCUGAAUUGACAUGUGCAAUUGAAUAUGUUCAUAGUGUUGGUUUUAUUCAUCGAGAUAUUAAACCAGAUAAUAUUUUAAUUGAUCAACAUGGACAUAUUAAAUUAACUGAUUUUGGUUUAUGUACUGGUCUUCGAUGGACUCAUGAUAGAAGAUAUUAUGGACCUGAAAAUGAACAUCAAAGAAAUGAUUCAUUUUCACUUCCUCCAGAAGUUGCUGCACUUGAAAAAAGUGUAAAAGUUUUGAAUAUUCGUCAACAAAAACGUCGACAAUUUGCACAUUCUGUUGUUGGAACUGGAAAUUAUAUGGCACCUGAAGUAAUUGCUCGAACUGGUCAUACACAAUUAUGUGAUUGGUGGUCAAUGGGUGUGAUUUUAUAUGAAAUGGUAUUUGGAAGAGUUCCAUUUCAUGCUGAAAAUCCAGCUGAAACACAACAUCGAAUAUUGAAUUGGAGACAUUAUUUGGAUUUUUCAUGGAGUUCACAUCUUUCUACAAAAUGUGUUCAAAUGGUUCAAGUAUUGGUUUGUGAUGUUGUUAAUCGAUGUGGAAAUCGAGGAGGCGCUUCGCAAAUCAAAAAACAUCCAUGGUUUGAAGGAAUCGAUUUUGAUAAUUUGAGAAAUUCGAGAGCUGAAUUUAUUCCGGUUGUUGCACAUGAUGAAGAUACUUCGAAUUUUGAUACAAUCCAGGUUAGUAUCAAAAACAUUUUUUUGAAGUUAUGGGUUUAGAAAAUUUUCUUUUGAAACAUAACAUUUUCAAUUUUGUACGAAAAAAUGGGUUCAGAUUUUCGGAUAAAGAAAUUCGUUUCAACUCCCCCUUGAUAUUUUUUUUGUAAUUUUUGAAUCACUGCCGUUCCAAAAAAAUUGGCUCACAUUUAAUUUUUUUGGCGUUCCUCACAAAUUGUUGGCUAUUACAUUUGCACUUUUAGAUGAUAAAAAUCAAGAUACUGUAAUACAAAAUCCAGGAAUUCGUCCUAAAAUUGUUCUGAUAACUGUUCGGCAAAUUUUCGAUUUUUGAAUUUAUUUUCCAGAUAACUGACAAAACUGAUCGUGGUCCAAACGUGCGCGGUUUGAACAAUCCAGCUUUUUACGAAUUCACAUAUCGUCAUUUUUUCGAUACCGAUAAUUUGGGAUGUCCAUCACUUCGCCCAACUCGUCGAAGAUCAUUAAGACCAUUACUUGAAAAUGGAGUUUUUGAUUCGACUUCUUCUUCAACAAAUGAUAGUAAUGUAAAUAUAAGUAAUAUUUAA